UCGAUUGGAUAAAUUGCGCAAGAGCUCAGCAGCUGCCUUUGGCUGUUUGCAGGUUGGGCGGACGACUUCUUGCUGAGGGAGUUUAGCGGCUUCAGGGAUUACACAUGCACACCUUGUUGCGAUAACUAGGCUGCGACAAUAUGCGGUCCUAUUAUUUUCUUCUAUCUGGCUGCAGGCUAGCUUGGUAACACGUACCUCGGACGCGCUGCGCUCGAGAUUAUGCCAGGUGUGGUGUGAUGAGUCCCAGUAUAGGAAGGUUAUGACAGCCAAACGCGAUGGAUAAUCGACGGAAAAAGAAGCUGACAUUCUUCACUAUUGGGUUAAUUUUUUUUCUUAGCGGUGUGGAAUAUGCUGUAAUAUUACCCACAAUAUGGAGGUACUUGCAGACCUUAAAUGCAGCUCCUUACUUCCUGGGUUUGGUCCUGUCUGCAUUUAGCUUCAGUGGCCUCCUUUCAGGACCAUUGUUUGGCCACUGGUCUGACAGAACAGGUACCACCAAGAAGAUCCUCUUAUUUGCCAACCUUUUUGAGAUAGUUGGUAAUUUCAUGUAUUUCAUGGAGUACUCAAAGUGGCUGUUGCUGUCUAGCAGACUGGUAGCAGGCAUUGGCACAGGCGCUGGCUCUUCUAUCUUUGGUUUCCUGACCAGAAUUACUGCUGCAGAGGACCGCGCCACAGUGUUUGCUGCAGUCAUGGCAUGUCGACAACUUGGCCUUCUGAUUGGUCCAGCAUUUAACAUCUUCCUCAGGCUUUGUGAUUUCCACCUGGGUCCUUUUGUGGUCAAUAAAUAUACUGCACCUGGAUUGUUUAUGUGCUUGCUGUGGGUUCUACUUCAACUGGCUGUGGUCUUCAUGUACUGGGAUCUACCACAUCUGGAGAGAGGGAGGGUGCAGGAGGGUUCAACAAGCAGGAACAGGGAGGAGGACAGUGAUGAGGCAAAGCCGUUAAUGGGGUCCCAGGAGGCGGUAGCAUCCAACCCCACUGGAAAUCAAAGCUUUGCUGCCUCCAGUGUCAUGCCGAAUCAUAUUUCCCCACCUUCCUCGCCACUGCCAUCACAGGCCCUUGAAUCCUCCAGCCCCUUUAACAAUUUUAGUAUAUCCCGAGAGUUCCUGAGAGAAGAGGUGGUUGUGCUGCUGGCUGCUCAGUUCAUCACCCUUUUCAACCAGACAGCAUUGGAGACCAUGGUGACUCCACUGACACAGAAGUUCUUUGGCUAUGGGGAGCUAGAGAAUAGUGUGAUGUACUCUCUCUGUGGUGUAGAGGUGAUCGCUGGCUUCCUGUUUGUGCGCUGGCUGAGUUGCCGUGCUAGCGACAGAGCGGUCCUGGCUGUUGGUUUGACCAUCUGCAACAUCGCUGGUGUCUGGUGCCUCAUCUUCCUGGCUAACCCACUAGGUGGUUUCCCGUGGCAGCUGACUGAGUUUAUAAUUGGAGUGUUCCUGCAGGUUUUGGGUUUGCCAUUUGUAGCUGUAGCCCAAGUUUCCCUCUUCUCCAAAGUUACUGCUGAGAAAACACAAGGUUUCAGUCAGGGAGUGCGUCGCUCAGUGGGAGGUCUAGCUACCAUUUUGGGCCCUCUCUGGGCUGGUGGUCUUACCGAGAACAUGUAUAUCAUGCUGGGGGUGAUGGCGGCACUGCUGGCACUGCUAACGAUGAUGCUGGCAUUUUCAUAUGACCGUCUGGUUGAGCCUGCUGCUGAGGAACAAGCAGACAGCCCAGACAGAUGUGCUUAAUCCGAGCAGAUGUUGAAGAGCAAAGUGGGAGCUUCCCUGUGCUACACUAGCAGAACUUGCACAAUCUCACUUUCUGCUUUGGGACCAGCAUUCAAAGUGAUAACACACACCUUGCGAGUACUCCCCUAAUGCUCGGACUUAUCAGCUUUAGUGUGCAGAGGCUGAUCAAAGCACUGUUUUGGUUUAUGCAUACGUGUCCCAUGGAAAUACAGAAUCCUGGUGGCACCACAUGUACAAGCACUGGGUGAAAAUUGUUUGUUCGCAUGUGUUCUCUACUGACUACAUUAAUGCAUCACGCAUUCUGUUUGGGUUUCAGCAUUUACAAUAUAAUACAUAGUUAAAUUAUUGACCAGGCUAAAUGUGUGUGGAUUUAGCUGACCUCUGUCCUUGUGCUGUAGCAGAAUAUAUGAACUGUUUCACCAUGAUCUUUAAUACUUCAUCUCCUGCAAAAACAAACUUUGAAUAUAUGCAUUAGCAAAUUUUGAGGUUAUUUGGCAGACAGAAAACAAGUUUUCAUGUCCUCUAAAAUAAAAUCCUCAAAGUUUUGACAAAUAUUCCAAAAUGAUACAUCAGAAGCAUUUUGAGCUUGAUGAAAUGUCAUUUCAGUCACUUCAUUUAAUUCAGUCUCGUUUUUUCUGAUACAAUCAAGGCUUCUCCUUGUCCACUGCUAAAUGUUUGCCAAAACCCAGCCUAAUUUUUUUUUUUUUUUUCUUGCAAGUUGUACAUCAAUUUUAAAUUUUCAGUGGUCACUCUCAUUAAAGCAACAGAACUACUAAUACUAACAGGAAGAAAUUAAAUAGAUGUCCAUUCUACCUUUUUUGUAUGGUGAUAAAUUCUUUUUCAAAUGCAUUUACAGCCUGACUAAUAAAUGUCUCAGGGUAACACCAAAUACUUUGGUGCAAAAUUAGGAGGCAUUAUAUUUUGGCCUAAAAUCAAUCGGUAAAUGAUUUCUUCAAGUACUGGAUUCUGCCAUAAUAACAAAACUGCUGAUAUCUGUCAAGACCUUAUUCGAGGUGGCUGUUAAACUUUCACAUCUGCCUGGUGUUAAGGCUGUUAGUGUUUCCUGUUUUGAAAAGUAGCAAGCAGUAUAACUUUGUAGUUGUCAGUUGCUGAUGUAGUACUUUUUUUUUAGCACUGGAAGGUGCUCUUAGUCUUUGUUCCUGAUGUAUGUAUUCCCCAUGAGCCAAAUGUUUGAUGUGGGAGCUACGUCUGUCAGAAAACUCCAAAAUAUCAAGUGAACUCCUACAAAAGGAAAACAAAAUGCCAAGACAGCUUUAUCGGUAGUGUUUUGCACAAAAAAUAGCCUUGGAGUUUUAGGUGAUAAUGCAGAAAUCGCACAAAUCACCCUAAGAACAGUGUUUUUGUUUUUUUUUUUCCCCCCAUUCCCUGAAGUCUAGAUUUUCUACGUCUUCAUAAUUUCUUUAGGUUUUAUAUUCACGAGCAGCACAAAUAUGUUAUGACUGGAGAUUAAGUAUAUUUAAUAGAUCUUUUGUGGGCACUUUUUAAAAAAUUCUUUCUAUAAAAAACUUUCACCAUA